AUUAUGUUGAUAUUUUUAAUUUGUUAGGACCUGCGACUUUUUAGUCAUUAUAAUUUUUAAAAACUAUUUCAAAAAAUCGAUUGAUAAAAUAAUUAAAAAAGUGAUUGUCAGUUAUCAAGGAAAUAUUUUAAUUAUGUCAGAAGAAGCGUUAGCAAAAGUAGAAUUUAAACCAAAAUCUCGCAGAAAUAUACGCCAGAGGCAAAAAUCUGAUUCGGAUGAUGAUUAUGGCGAGGUUGAUGAAGUUAUUCUGUCCAAGCUAGAAGAGACGAAAGAAAAGCAAAAACUACGCAGUAAGCCGAACGGAGUAAACGUUCUAACACUGGCGGCUGGAAAGAAAAUUACAAUCGAAGAGGAAGUAACGAAUAAAGAUCCUUUCAAUGUGAAGUCCGGCGGAAUGGUGAACAUGCAAGCGUUGAAAACUGGCAAAAUCAAAACUGUAGAAGAUCCAUACGACACAGGAAUAGGUACCCAAUUCUCAGCGGAAACCAACAAACGGGACGAAGAUGAAGAAAUGAUGAAGUACAUAGAGGAUCAACUGAGCAAAAAGAAGGGAAUCGCAAAAGAAUCCACGGGAGAAAUAGAAAUCGAUUCUGUUUCAAAAUAUCUAAGUCCUGAGGAAGCAGCACUUCUUUCGCUACCCGCUCAUCUAAGUCAAACUUCGUCUCAGCGGUCGGAGGAGAUGUUAUCAAACCAAAUGCUGAGUGGCAUUCCGGAGGUUGAUCUUGGAAUCGAAGCAAAAAUUAAAAACAUUGAAGCAACAGAAGAUGCUAAACUUAAAUUUCUUCAAGAGCAGCAACGUAAAAAAGAUCUUCCGUCGCAUUUUGUACCGUCUAACAUGGCAGUUAACUUUAUGCAGCAUAAUCGAUUCAAGAUCGACCAACCAGUGCAGCAAAAGAGAAGGUAUCCAGAAGAACGCGGGAAAUACUCGGGUGAAGAGAAGGCUCCUAAAAAGGCCACUGACGAUUAUCAUUUCGAUAAAUUUAAGAAACAAUAUAGAAGGCAUUAACUAGAUAAUGUUUCUCAAA